ACAGCCAAGCAUGACGGUUUUCUGGCACCCGCAGGGUUCUGCAUUUUAUUAUGUGCCAUUAUAGGGGAAAGAAGGAUCGUCUGCAAGAUGGAAGAGAAGAGGCUGUUCAUUCAUUAUGUCGCGCAAUAUGUCAAAGUCGUCCCCCGGCUCAUUACCUGCACCUGCGCUGCCUGUGAGAGAGGGCUACACCUCACCAAAUAAGGACAUGUGAGGGACCCUUGUUGGGAUGACGCUGGACGUGAAAUAGCAAAAGAACGGGAGUGUGUGGACGGUUUAGAUGGUGCCCUAAACCGGAGGGGGAACACCGGCCUAAUCUGGUUACAUAAGAAGCCAUUGAAUUUGCUGAACGUCUCUGCGCUAAUCCUCUGAACUAUUCAUGUUCGGCCGUCCCGCGGCGCAAUAACGCGCGGGACACGCGCGCGCACACACUUGUGGCUCCGAAGGCACAGCAGCGCACGAGGAGCGCGUGAAAUAAGAUAAAGGCGCGCUCUGAUAUCUGCGAGCUUCGCACAUUGAAACGCGUCCCUGCAGAAGCUGCUAUGCCUCACGUUGCAAACCCGAACUGGCGGCUUGUGCUGGUCGCGCCCGUGACGAUUCCGCUGACGCGCCACUAGCCGCACCACCCAGGAGACGGAGAGGAGAGCGGAGAGCGGCGGAACGAGCAGGGGACUGACUGGCUGCCUGGAAAACGGUCUCUCUUUCUCUUUCUCUUUCUUCUCUCCCUCCUUGACGACCGUGGACGGAAGCCUGUAGUCGCGCGAGUCCGGCGGACGAUCUUGAACGAGCGACGGCAAUUCACCAGAAGCAUCAUCCACACUCUUCUGCGGAGAUGGAGGUCCCAGGCUUGGCGCACAACAUCACCAGCCCAUUAAGUCCCUGCGAGGGGAUGAUAAAGGACCUGAGCUUGGACGCCAUACAAUUGUGCGAACGAGAUGGAAGUAAAUCCCAGGACGGCAGCAUCUCCGAGAUGGAGGAGCUCCCCGUUCCUCAGAACAUCAAGAUCAGCAACAUCACCUGCGACUCCUUCAAGAUCUGCUGGGACAUGGAGGCUCGCAGCAAGGAGCGCAUCACACACUACUUCAUCGACCUGAACAAGAAGGAGAACAAAAACUCCAACAAGUUCAAACACAAGGAUGUUCCUACCAAGCUGGUGGCCAAGGCAGUGCCCCUGCCCAUGACGGUUCGGGGCCACUGGUUCCUGAGCCCACGCACAGAGUACACCGUGGCCGUCCAGACCGCAUCAAAACAGACCGACGGGGACUACGCCAUCUCCGAGUGGAGCGAGAUCAUCGAGUUCUGCACCGCUGAUUAUUCCACAGUUCAUCUAAACCAGCUGCUGGAAAAGGCAGAGGUCAUCGCUGGCCGGAUGCUGCGUUUCUCUGUCUUCUACAGGAACCAGAAUAAAGAGUACUUUGACCACGCCAGGGAGGUGCAGGAGAACCGAAUGCUGCCGUCAGUGAAAGACAACAGCGGCAGCCACGGCUCACCCAUCAGUGGCAAACUGGAGGGCAUUUUCUUCAGCUGCAACACAGAGUUCAACACUGGCAAGCCUCCGCAGGACUCUCCUUAUGGCCGCCAACGCUUUGAGGCUCGGGCUGACGUGCUCUUCAACCCCGACACCAAUCUGUACUUUGGAGACUUCUACUGCAUGUACACAGCCUACCACUAUGUUAUCCUGGUCCUGGCGCCAAAGGGCUCCAGGGGUGACGACUUCUGUAAGCAGAGGCUUCCUGCGCUCGACAUCACCAACAACCGCUUCCUCACCUGCAAGCAGGAUGAAGAGGGUGACGGCAGUCUGGUGUUUCACCACGCCCAGGAUGUCAUCCUGGAGGUGAUCUACACGGAGCCUUUAGACCUGGCGUUGGGCACGGUGGCCGAGAUCAGCGGGCACCAGCUGAUGAGUCUGUCCACGGUAAAUGCCAAGAAGGACCCCAGCUGCAAGACCUGCAACAUCAGUGUGGGACGCUAAGGAGAGGCAGAAUGUAGGAGAAGGAGGGAAGGACUAGAGGUGACUGACCGCUACACACACACAGGAAGUCCACAUGUACUGAUGAAGCAGACCAACACAUGCAUGAAGCAGCAGAUUUAGUAGGCUCCCAGACAUGCACACCAACAUAUCUCUGACACCGUUCUGUACUCUCAAGAGACCAUCAUUCCCAAAGAAGAGUGGUGAGAAAAGAAGAGGAAGGUACACGCUCUGACACCUGCACCGCUGUCUCCUCAUCUGAAAGGGGCACCCUGAAACUGAGCAAUCGAAACCUGGGACACUAAAAACAAAGAUCCAUCCAUCCAUCCUGCAAGUCAACACUGGCAUACUGACCAAACCCUUUAACUGUACUAACAAACAUGGGCUGCUUCUACUCAAUUUCCUGUUGUUUAUUUUAAUAAGUUGUCCCAUAUUUUAUCAAUGACCUUUGCCUUGUUAUUAUUGAUAUGCUGUUAAUCGAGUGUCCACUGUCUGUGUGGACAAUAAGCAUUUUGUUGUUUCCAAUUACUUUGAUUGUUUGACAUUUUAGAAAUGCUUUGUUCUCAUUCCACAGUAGAAAAAUUCAGACUUCUUUUUACCUCCCACUAGUGGCACAGACUGGUACUACAAUUUUCUAGGGCUGCAGCAUCAAGAGUCAUCUUUCUUUAUACCAAAGGUGUUAAAAACCAGACAUGAAACCGCUGUGGAAUCUGAACGGCGCUAAUGCAAAAGCCUCUACAAUGUGUAUUCACAAAGUCUUUGAUGACCACGUGUGAACUAUUUGUUGACUUGUUAACCUUUAAAAAAAGCAUGAUGCAGUUCUGUGCAGCAUGAGUAUGAAAGCUGUCAGUACCUCUACCAUAGCAACCUUUUCUGCAACAGUCGCUCUUAUUUUGAUGUAGUCAGUGGAAAGAAAGUAGAACCAUAAACUGUGUUUAGCAGAAUAAAUGUGAAAAAAUAUUUAUUUUUAUUGAUACAUUCAUAUAUAUAUCUAUAUAUAUAUAUAGAAAAUUAUAUAAACCGGAAGUGCACAAUGUCAAAAGCUCUGAUCAUUGUCAACAACUGCAUUUAGGGGAAAUUAACUUCAUAUGGGCAAAAUGAGGGGAUAAACACAAAUUUGAGAGCAGAUAUAACUUGCACUACACCAACAUUCACCAGUUCAAGUUCACAUUUUUACCAAGGUGAACAUGUACAAAUUGAACAAUUUAGAUCAACUAUGAAAUUCUUAAUGCAUAUCAUAGCACAAUGUAGGACUAAAAAACUGACAUGCACAAACACGACAGGAUUGUCUCAUUGAUUGCAUUUAAGCUUACACUUUUGUUUUUUUGUUUUUUUUUGCCAAGAUAGCACUUUUUAGAAAUGCAAUUUCCACCUUAACUAUGGACAAACAUGUCCAAAAAUAGUAUUUUGGCAUGGAAAAAAGCAAGUAACAAAGUGCCAUAAUAUACAUACGUUAAUCUUUAAAAUGACUAAUAUGUAACUAACAUUGAGUUGUUACAGCUCUUCAUCUUUGACAUAAAUUAGUGCUACAUAAAAUACACUUGCUACAUCAGGUUUAUUAUAAGAUGUUUCAUGAAUGACAGGGGAUGUGUUUCUGGGACUGGAAAAACUUGGCAGUCGCCCAGCAUUUAAUUCAGAUUGUCACCAAUUUCCAUCAGUUUUCUUCUUGUAAAGUGCAUCAACAUAAUGAGCAUGGCAUGAAACAAGACCAGACCCACCGACUUCACACCUUUAUUUUUUAGAAAUGGUCGAGUCCUGUUAAGUUUGAUAAAGUCCCACUGUGAGUUCACUCAACUGGUCUUGGUUGAGUCCUGUUGUUUACUGAGCAGGGCCUCCAGUAGACGGAGCUUCGCUUUGAGGUUCUUAUACUGGCAGUACUCCUCUGCCAUUGGUCCACGGUCCUCCUUCUGACAAGCCCUGUUAACAACACAUGGAGGAAAAAAGAUGCAAAGAAAAGGCAAAACUUAAGUAGUUUCAAACAACACUGCAGCAGCUUCCAUAACUGGUUGAUAGUCCCUAUGUUGCCUUACUCAGAUAGCUUUGUACAGUGUGUAUUGUAAUCAAAAACUUACUGUAUUUACUUUGGAGGACUAACAUGUACAGUACAAAGGAUGUGUACAGUUCAGAGCAAACGUCUAUCUCUUCGUCUCUUUCCUGAGCUCUCUGUGCUGUAUUAACGUUAAGUGAGUGUGCAUUACACUGUCGUACCAUUACGAUGGAAUUUCUUUUGUGGGUGUUUUUUCUUUGUUUUUCACAAGGCAUUGUUGAAAACCAAAAUGUUCCAAGUUUAUUAAAAGACAAAAUAAAACU